AUGAAGACCUCGAAACUAGCAAGAGAGACGUCGGCGCUCUUCAACAAGAUGGCGGCAUCGUCGCCGCCGCCGCUACAGACCCGCCGGACGACGAGAUCUUCGCUGGCGCGGUUCGCAUACGCAUCGGAUUCGACGACCUCUACGGCGGAUUCCAAGGCGACAGCCACGGAAGCCGCGCUCCACGAUAUCGUUCUAGGCGUCGCCGACAUUGAAGAUGCGGUGCCCGAUCCGCGGAGCAGGAAACGGAGACGGGUUGUCAAAGAGGAGGAAGUGCAAGGCGCGGAGAGUGAAAGUGUCACAGGUGUAGCAGCAGCAGCACCACCACCACCACCAAGAACGACAUCAAAAUCACAAACCAGAAUCAAAACCGAACACAUCGAAACCGACGCCACAUCACCACCAUCCCCUCCAAAAGCCCGCAAGACCCGUAAACCAGCACGCACGAUCCGCGGCACGUCCCCUUCUUCCUCCACAACACACAUCGAACCCCCAACAGACUGGUUGCAAAUCUACAACACCGUCAAAGAAAUGCGCCUCCAUGGCGCGGCGCGCAACGCCGCCGUCGACACAAUGGGCUGCGAACGCCUCUUCCACCCCGACGCCUCGGAGCGCGACCGGCGCUUCCAUAUCUUGAUUGCGCUCAUGCUCUCGAGCCAGACGAAAGACACGGUGAACGCGGUGGCGAUGAAGAGGCUGAUGACGGAGUUGCCGCCGCACGAGGAGGGCGCGGAGGGGGGAUUGUGUUUGGAGAAUGUGCUGGCUGUGGAACCUGCGCUGUUGAAUGAGUUGAUUUGGGCGGUGGGGUUUCACAACAAUAAGACAAAGCAUGUUGUUCCCUUUCUUUCCCAUGAUGGAUGGCACACGGGGAGCGAUUGCCUUCGAUCCGGGCGCAUGUGGCAGAACACCGAAAAUGCUAACGUUGGAUGUCCUAGAUUCAUCAAAGCAGCAGCCAUCAUCCUCCGCGACAAAUUCAACAGCGAUAUCCCCGACACGAUCGAAGGUCUCACCUCCCUACCCGGCGUAGGCCCCAAGAUGGCCUACCUCUGCCUGUCCGCGGCCUGGGACCGCACCGAGGGCAUCGGCGUGGACGUACACGUGCACCGCAUCACGAACCUCUGGGGCUGGCACAAGACCACGCAGCCCGAGGCGACGCGGCACGCGCUGCAGAGCUGGCUGCCCAAGGACAAGUGGCGCGAGAUCAACUGGCUGCUCGUCGGGUUCGGCCAGACGGUCUGCUUGCCUGUCGGGCGCAAGUGCGGCGAUUGCGAGCUCGGGUUGGGCGGGUUGUGUAAGGCGGCGGAGAGGAAGAAGGUGAAUGAGGGGCGUAAGAUGAGGGAGGUCAAGGUCGAGGUGAAGGAGGAGGAAGAUGGGGACGUGGUCAUCAAGACGGAAGAGCUUGUCAAGGAGGAGCAGGUUGUGCGUGAUGUGGCUGUGAAUCAAAGGACGGAGCAGCCGGAGCCGGCAUCGGAGCCGGCGGUUGGUGACGAACCGGAUGCAGUUGUGAGUACGGAUGCACCGCGAAGAAGUCGCAGAAGUGGCCUAUCCAGGUAG